AUGGCCCCAAAGAAAAAGCUGGGCCAGAUCCUGAUCAAGCUCGUCAGCCAGGCCGGCACGGGCUUCUUUUACGUGACCAAGAAGAACCCCCGCAACGUGCCCUACAAGCUGCAGCGUGUAAAGUACGACCCAGUGGUCAAUCAGCACGUGCUCUUCUCAGAGUCAAAGCUGAAGUGA